AUGCUUAAAGCAAUUAAUUUCAAUUAUUUAAAAGCGAGUUCAACUUCUAUAUUAACUCGCACCUUUCACACCUCGCGACCUACCUUUAGGGUGAUAGCUACUCAACCUUUAAGAGCUAAAGAGGCACCACCUACGUUAUCAAAUAAAUAUCCAGUGAUCGAUCAUACAUAUGACGCGAUUGUUGUUGGAGCAGGUGGAGCAGGUCUUCGUGCUGCUUUUGGUCUUGCCGAGGCGGGGUUUAAUACUGCAUGCAUUACAAAAUUAUUUCCUACAAGAUCUCAUACAGUCGCUGCACAGGGCGGUAUCAAUGCUGCUCUAGGUAAUAUGACUGAGGAUGAUUGGAGAUGGCAUAUGUAUGAUACGGUAAAGGGCAGUGAUUGGUUAGGUGAUCAAGACGCAAUACAUUACAUGUGUCGUGAAGCACCUAGGACAGUGAUUGAACUUGAACAUUAUGGUGCUUAUCGUUGUGCUGCCGUAGCAGAUAGAACUGGUCAUGCACUUCUUCACACAUUAUAUGGACAAUCAUUAAAACAUAAUACAAAUUUUUUUAUUGAAUAUUUUGCACUUGAUUUAUUAAUGGAGGAUAAUGUUUGCCGUGGUAUCAUAGCCCUUAAUCAAGAGGAUGGGACUUUGCAUCGUUUUCGUGCUCAUAAAACAAUUUUAGCUACUGGUGGUUAUGGGCGUACCUAUUUCUCGUGUACAAGUGCUCAUACUUGCACUGGUGAUGGAAAUGCCAUGGUUGCUCGUGCUGGUUUGCCUUUACAAGAUUUGGAAUUUGUUCAAUUUCAUCCUACUGGAAUUUAUGGUGCUGGUGCUAGAGGUGAAGGUGGAUAUCUAUUAAAUAGUCAAGGUGAACCUUUUAUGGCACGUUAUGCACCAUCUGCGAAGGAUUUAGCAUCACGUGAUGUUGUUUCACGUUCAAUGACGAUUGAAAUCAGGGAGGGUCGUGGAGUUGGUCCUGAUGCAGAUCAUAUAUUCCUACAACUUUCGCAUCUGCCAGCUGAAGUAUUACAUGAACGUUUGCCAGGAAUUUCAGAAACUGCUGCUAUUUUUGCAGGUGUCGAUGUCACCAAAGAUCCAAUACCAGUGUUACCAACUGUUCAUUAUAAUAUGGGUGGUAUUCCAACUCGUUAUACAGGUGAAGCUUUGACUGUUGAUGAGAAUGGUAGGGAUAAAGUUGUUCCUGGUUUAUAUGCAGCAGGUGAGGCAGCAAGUGUAUCAGUUCAUGGAGCAAAUAGAUUAGGAGCCAACUCGCUACUUGAUAUAGUUGUGUUUGGACGUGCUUGUGCACAUCAUAUUCGUGACACAUUGGAACCAGGAACACCUCAUAAACCUUUGUCAUCAGAUUCUGGUGCUAGUUCAAUUGAGAAUCUUGACAAACUUCGUAAUGCAGAUGGAAGUUUGCCAACUGCUGAUAUUAGAUUAAACAUGCAAAAAGUUAUGCAAAGGGACGCUUCUUCAUUUAAAGAUGUUAAAGUUACAGACCGAUCGAUGAUUUGGAAUUCUGAUUUGGUUGAAACACUUGAAUUACAAAAUCUUUUGACAAAUGCAGCACAAACAAUGAAUGCUGCUGCUGCUCGUAAAGAAUCUCGUGGUGCACAUGCUAGAGAAGAUUAUCAGAAAUGA